GAGUGAUAGCAGCCCGGCUGAUAGCCCCCUCAGUCCGCUCCAGUCCGCGAGUCUCUCCGCGUCGCUCUCUGUCGCUUAAUAGCUCAUCGUAAACACUAACGACACCAGUCCAAUUCUCUUUUAUGGCUCCUUCAGGGGUCUUUUAUUGCUCCACCGCCGCACUCGAGUGACUUUAUAGUUGUUUUUGUGUGGUCAGCCCCUUCAGCGAGGGGCAGUACGAGUACAGUUCGUAGUACAACUGGAUCAUCAUUGGAUUGCCGACAACAGUGAUCUGUCAAUUGACAAAAUGAACUCUUAUUUCGAACAGACGGGUUUCUACGGCCACCAUCAUCAGAGUGCCACAGCGGCACACCACGACCAGACCGCUGCCGCAUACAGGUUCCCUCUAGGGAUCGGCAUGUCGCCUUACGCAUCGACACAGCAUCAUCAUCACCACUCUCUUCAUCAGAGCAGGCCACCGCAGGAUUCGCCAUACGACGCCUCCGUGGCCGCUUGCAAACUGUACACUGCCAACGAAAACCAGACAAGUGUCAACUAUUCCACGACGAAGCCUGACUGUUCCAAAACGGAAUCCAACCAUCAGAACGGAUAUGCGGCGGUGGUAGCAGCGGCCAAAGACGUUUGGCAGAGUGCCUCGUCGACACCGGGCGCGAAUCCCCUGGUGAGGCCGGCCGCUUGCACCCCGGACACCCGCUACCCCGGCUUAGGAGACGCGUCCCCCGGAGCGACUUCCAGGACGUCAAGCGCUUCCCUUGCACCGACCUCUUGGAAUCAGUGCAGCCUCAAUACGGCUACCACUCAGCCGGCGGCACAGCUCCACCAGCAGCCGACCAACCACACCUUCUACCCAUGGAUGGCCAUUGCAGGUACUCAAAAAUAUUAAAUUCAUAGCAUGGCCCACAAAUCGUAUGCUUUUCAACGUUACAAAACCAUCAAACACCAAACAAAAAUAAUAGAAAAAAUUGUCAAAAACCCAAAAUAAUAGAAAAAUAUAUUUCCCUCAACCAUAAAAAGCAUGUAUCCGAUUUUUCAAAUUCCUCUGUUCGGUACUUAAUUAAUAAGUCUGAAGUUCCUAGUUCACCUGACGGCGAAAAGCCCACGUGGGCGCUAUUCCACAUGACCCCUCCACUGAAUACGGUCAGCUUCAUUCACUAAACCUCGCCUGAUAAAACCCUCCUCACUAUGUCAUAAGCUGCUCAAGAGCUGAAAAUCAUUGGUGAAGCUGAAUCAGAAAACUUUCAAUUUAUUUUUACCAAAAAUAAUACUAGAAAAAAAGAAAACUAUUUUAUUAAUGUAUUUUUCAUAAUUAAUUUGAGUAGUAACUCAUUUAUGGAUAUCCAUCCAUUAAUCACCUCCUCCCACAAAAAAAAAAAAAAAAAUAAUAAUAAAAAUCCUGCCGAAGCUUAAUCAGACCUGACUAGAAAAGCAGAAUAUGACAAUUAAAUUCAUACACAAAAUAUAAUACAAUUACGCAAUUACAUGUAUUCCAAAAAAAAAAAAAAAAAAUGAGUUUCGUAGAGAUUUUAGCUGAUAAAACUUCAGACUAUAUAAAUAACAGCUUUAAAUAAUUAUUAUAAUAAUUUUCAUAGCCAAGUUUACAAGAGCUGUAUUUAUGUAAUUACCCAGGUAAUAAAACGUAUGAUCCAGCCUUUUCCCCCAUAUUUUCAAGUAUUCAAUAAUAAGAAAAAUACGUUAUCUGAAUAAUUAUAUUUUUUUAUGCUUUGUAAAUUCGUAAUACAAAAAUCUUAUUUUCUAACAAAUUUUCUCUACUUUCCCAACAAAAACAAAAAAUAGAUGAAGCUCACGAAUGCAUUAAAAAUUGUAAUUGACUAUAAUGAAACCCGACAAACCAGUCCCUGCAUGGAAUUAAAUUAAACGUCCGAGAGAUAAAUCCUUGAGUUUGUACUCAGUUGAGUUAUAUUAUUCACUUAUUAUUUAUAUGUGUUUCAGAAAACAAUGUUACAAUUGAUUUAUCUUGAAUAUUUAAUUUUGACUCAUCACUUGUAUUUUUCUAAUAAACUAUAUUUUUAUAGUAGUAUUAUAAAAGCCGCUUUGAAUCUUUGAAAUCGGUUAAAGUUAGGAGCUUGAAUUAGUUUGGAUGUGUGAAAAAGACCCUAAGCUCCAUUUUUUUAAAUAUACCGAAUAUUAACAAGUGUGUAACUAUUCGUAAAAAAAUUAUACAAUUUUUAGAAUUUAUUUUAUAUUUUUGCUUAGAUGGACCUGAGGAUGAGACCGGGACAAAUAUUUAACUCAAAUAAUUGCAAAAAUUAUUGUAAUGAUUUUUUUGAUUCAUCAUUUUUUUAUUAUCCGAAAUACUCUUUUUUUUAUAUUAAUAUAAUAUAUUAUUUUUAAAAAUAUAAAGUAAUAAUUAAAUUUUGCUUUUAAUUCUAAAAAAAUUGUACGUAAUUUACGAAAAAAAGUACUGAUGAAGUUGCUGAAUUUUAUGAAGUAGCCAAAUUAUUUUUAGGAAUUGUAUGUACUUUUCAUGUUAAAGAGUAUUAUAUGUGGUAGCUUAUUUAUAUAUAUAUAUAUUUUAAAUUGUUUUGUUUUUCAGAUUAUUAUUGUAAUACAAUUAAAGAUUUAACGUUGAUAUCGAAUAAUGUAAUAUUUUAUUUUUAUUAUAAAAUUGAUUUUAUGGUACUAAAAAAUGUAUUAUUACUACUCCUGAAUAUUUGGAUGAAAUAAAUAUAUUUUUUAAAAAUUAUAAAAGGUAAACAGGAGCUUAAAAUGUUAUAAUUGGCACCCUCCAAGAUUAUUCGCAGUGGAUAAAGAUUGAGGAUAAUCAGAUUUUGAAUUAUGGGCCAUAAAUCUGGAAAUCGAAUCAAUAAACGGAACCCAUUGAUUUUCCAAUUGUAGCCCAUAAUUACCGGCGCUGU